AUGAGAAAGGAACUAGGAAUAUUAUUGAGUGAUUGGAAGAAGAUAGUCCUGUUGGUGUUGUUUUUAGGUCAGAUUUUUAUGGCUGCACAUGGCUAUAAACAUGGAGACAGUGUGAACAUAAUUAUGAAUAGAAUAUGGAAAUAUGAUGAAAAUAUAGUGACAUCAGAGUUUUCAUUUUAUAGUAAAGUUCCAUUAUGCCAUGAUAACCGGAAAAUCGGGGAGAUGUCAUUUAAUGAAGUUGUGAGAGGAGAUCAGCUAAAAGUUAUUAAGGCAGUUUUCGGACUCUCUGAAAAUGACAAAUCAUUUUGUAGUAUUAGUCUAACAAAUGAUCAGCUUUAUAGUAUUAGGCAUCAUAUAAGAAACAAUUACGUUUUUGAGAUAUAUGUAGAAGAUAAAGCAAUAGCAAAGACCCUUGGCUAUAUUAAUGAAAAUAACGAGGCAAUUCUAAUUACUGGCUACGAUUUUAUAUUAGGGUACCGAGGUAGUGAAAUUGCAUCACUGGAUGUAAAGACUAGAAAUCAACAUACUAUAAAUAUUGAUAAGACUCUGGAACUGAAUAAAUCGGGAAAACUAUCCUUAAUUAAUAUGUACUACAGCGUGAAGUGGGUUGAUAAAAGCAAUGAACCGAUAGGAAAGGUUGGGAAGGGCGUGUUAAAGAUCCCAAUGAUAAGAUGGCUUGGAGUUUUUAAUAGUACAUUCCUGACAAUUCUGAUUAUUAUGAUGCUUCUACUGAUCUUUAUGCAGAUUCUUAGAUCUGAGUUUUCGAGGUAUUUCCCAAUGGGAGAAGAUGACCUAAAUCUUGCAUUUGAUGAUGAUCCUAUAGAAAUGAAAGGAUGGAAACUGCUACAUGGUGACAUCUUCAGAUCUCCAAAGUACAGAAUGAUUUUGUCAUCUUUUGUUGGUAAUGGAAUUCAAAUUCUGUUUGUUGGUCUCAUUAUUUGUAUCACUGACAACAUCUCAAUGUUCAGAAACCUUUCUUUUGAUCUUGAAACCCUCAAAUUUCUUCUUGUUUUAUUCACCAUCUCCUCAUACAUUUCUGGAUUUGUCUCAUCAUAUAUAUACACUUCCAUGGGUGGAAAGAAGUUCAAGUACAACAUUUUUCUUACUUGUUUUAUAUAUAUUUUACCAGUAUACUUAUUGGUAAUUUCUGUUAAAUCACUAACCUUGGGUUCAGGGCCCAACUUAUUCAAUAUUUACUCCUCCAUUAAGGUAUUUACCAUCUAUUCGAUGGUCUCACUGCCUCUUUGUUUUCUUGGUGGACUUUUUGGAGAGAGAAGAUCCAAGAAAUACUUCAAAUUUCCUUGUAAAACUAACCGUCUCCCGAGACAGAUUCCCAGACAAAAAUGGUACAAUUCUCAAAGGCUCCAGCUAGUUGUUUCUGGGAUCCUGCCUUUUUCUGCAGUAUAUGUGGAGCUACAUUAUCUGUUUGUAUCAUUCUGGAAUUACACUCCCUUUUAUUUCUAUAAUAAUCAACACCAUAACAAUUUUCUUUUGUUGACAAUAAGUACGUUCCUACUUAUCCUUGUAGGCUCCACUUCUUCAAUAAUUCUCAUUUAUAUCCAGCUUAACCUCGAAAAUUAUAAAUGGUGGUGGUUCUCUUUCCUUAAUGGAUUAUCUCCAUGCGUAUACUUCUUCCUCUUUUCACUUUACUAUUUCCUGUCGUACUCUAACCAUAUUUAUGGAUUCAUUCAGUUCAGGCUUUUCCUAAUGUCAAAUUUAAUCAUUGCUUAUACUUUAACCUUGGCACUUUCAUGUAUCACCUUCAUUACUUCCUACGUAUUUAUUCACUACAUCUAUAAACACAUAAAGUCUGACUAA